AUGGUCCAUAACGUGAGUAGAGAGCCAUCUCAUCCGCAGUCGACCGCAGUCGAGCGGGCAGAGGGCGGGAGUGGUGGUCAGGAGGUCAAACCAUUGGCGUGUAGAGGUGCUAACGUGGUGCAGGCCGUUUCCGUACCCAGGCCACACAUGGGUCCCCAUUUCCAUGGAGGAAGAGUGCAAGAAGACGCCCAUCAUACCCCAGGACGAACGCACAAAGGACGUGCUGGUCCUGGGCAAGACAUUGACGAGGAACAUGGCUACAUCCCAGAACAGUGGGACUGGGACCGUCUCCUCGACGACCUGUACGAGGAGGGCUUUGCAAGUGAGCUGGUGGCGACGCUCAACCCGGAAACGGUGCAGUUUGCACCCAACGCCAUCAUGCCGCCAGCGUUCACAAACCUCGGGCAGAUGGAACGUGAAAAGUUCAACAUGGUCCUCAGUGGCGUGGGCGUCAUGCUGGGCAUGAGCAUGCCCAUGAUCAGCCCGACCCCCUUCCUGGCACUAUGCCGUGGCAUCCCCGUCGUCAUGCCGUUUAUCCGUUCCGACCUGCCCAAACCAGACCCGAAGCAGUGGAUCGCAUACGCGGGGACACACUGGCAGCAUGGUCCCAUCAGCGCACUCCCCGAGCCAUACGUCUACUCGUACACGCUAGGUGACAAGGAGGGCCUGGCCAAUGCGCUUGUCAAGGCGCUCAAGAACCCGAUCCAGCCAUACGUGCCACCAGACUACUCGACCCAGUCGUUGCGGCGAAAGGUCCGAGCCAUGCUUUAUUACGAUUAUGAGACAGAGUACAAGGACAUUCGCAAGAAGGAAGGCGGCGUCUCGCCACGAGUGCCGUCGUACAUGAUCGAAGGAUGCUGGAGGAACGGCCGGUGCUACUUUGGCCCCGAGCCGGACGAUUACAUCGCCGACUAG